AUGGCAGGUACACUUGAAGAUAAAUCUAUCUGGGAAGAUGAAGAAUUGCUUGGUGAAGAAGUUUUAAGGAUGCCAACAGAUGAAAUCCAAAAUCGAACUCGAUUAAUGGACAAUGAAAUUAAAAUAAUGAAAUCGGAAGUCAUGCGAAUAACACAUGAAUUACAAGCUCAGAAUGAGAAGAUUAAGGAUAAUACUGAGAAGAUUAAAGUGAAUAAAACACUUCCAUAUUUAGUAUCGAAUGUAAUUGAAUUAUUAGAUAUUGAUCCACAAGAAGAAGAAGACGAUGGAGCAGUAAAUUUGCUGGAUUCACAGCGCAAAGGUAAAUGUGCAGUAAUAAAGACGUCUACACGUCAAACUUACUUUUUACCAGUCAUUGGUUUGGUCGAUUCUGAAAAAUUAAAGCCUGGAGAUCUUGUUGGUGUGAAUAAAGAUUCCUACUUGAUUCUCGAGACACUUCCAGCAGAAUAUGAUGCUCGUGUCAAAGCUAUGGAAGUUGAUGAACGUCCAACUGAACAAUAUUCAGACAUAGGAGGUUUAGAUAAGCAAAUUCAAGAGUUGAUUGAAGCUGUUGUCUUACCAAUGACUCACAAAGACAAGUUUAAGAAUCUUGGAAUUCAUCCACCAAAAGGAGUAUUGCUUUACGGACCACCUGGAACUGGCAAGACAUUGUUAGCAAGAGCUUGUGCAGCACAAACCAAGUCAACAUUCUUGAAAUUAGCUGGUCCACAAUUAGUUCAGAUGUUUAUUGGUGACGGAGCUAAAUUAGUUCGUGAUGCUUUUGCGCUAGCCAAGGAAAAAGCACCUGCAAUUAUUUUCAUUGAUGAGUUGGAUGCUAUAGGAACAAAACGUUUUGAUUCAGAAAAGGCUGGUGAUCGUGAAGUUCAACGUACUAUGUUGGAACUGCUUAAUCAAUUAGAUGGCUUUAGUUCAACAGCCGAUAUUAAAGUUAUUGCAGCCACAAAUCGUGUUGAUAUCCUUGAUCCUGCUCUUCUUAGAUCAGGUCGAUUAGAUCGUAAAAUUGAAUUCCCACAUCCAAAUGAAGAAGCUCGUGCACGUAUUAUGCAAAUUCAUUCACGUAAAAUGAACGUAAGUCCUGAUGUCAACUUUGAGGAAUUGGCAAGAACGACUGAUGAUUUCAAUGGAGCACAAUGUAAAGCCGUUUGUGUUGAAGCUGGUAUGAUUGCAUUAAGACGAUCUGCAAGUAGCGUAACACAUGAAGAUUUCAUGGAUGCUAUUAUGGAAGUGCAAGCAAAGAAGAAGGCAAACUUGAACUACUAUGCAUAA